UUACGUCUGUGGAAUGAAACAGAUUCUUGUAUUUAGAGAUAAUUAUUAGCGUAAUAUGUUUUUAUUUAUACCUACUACCUUUGAGAAGUAUGUGAUACUCCUUAAAUAGUGCAAUAUGUUACUCAAUGACCGACUAUGCCAAUGGCUAGGGCAUUUAAAGUUGUCUCGAGUCAUUUUAAUGGUCUCCGUAAUAUUAUUUGUGGUGCCGCUUGUAACACACUACUAUUUGUCCAAGUAUGAUUCAUUGUCGUUUUCCUUUGAUGGCAACCCCAUGCGCCAUACUCUGGAUGCCUAUGGAGACUUUUCAUUGAUGAACGCUGCAGAUCUCAAGAUUAGGAUAGAAGAAAUGCUUAGAAUUAAGGCAUCAGUAUCGACAGAGCUCCGUGAGCUUGAAGCUCGGCGAGCGCGUUUGCAGCGGGAGGCGGCGGCGGCGGGCGCUCGCGCCGACAGCGCCAAAACCGAACACUCGCGCGCCGCCGCCGAGCUGCAGCGCCUGCGCGUCUCCGCCGACCAGGCGCGACUCGCGCAGCUCGAGGCCAUCCGCCGAGACUCGCCGGAGCUCGCUCCACCUUCCCCUCUCCUCCCUUCACAACCUCCGCCCGUCCUCCCUCCCCUCCCCUCCGCUUCCCAACACCACUGCCGCAUGCACUCCUGUUUUGAUCACUCCCGUUGCUCUCUUACGUCCGGCUUUCCUGUAUACUUUUAUGACCCUGAUACGUAUGCGCCCAUUGCUGGCGCGGAAGUGGAUGGCUUCUUGAAAACGACAGUAAGACAGACACUGGGAUAUAAUGCGCAUAUUACACAAGACGCCAAAGAGGCUUGUAUCUAUCUAGUCCUAGUAGGAGAGGCUUUCUCUUCAGAAAGGAAUUCAAUAUCAACAGGUGACAGCCUAAAAUUGGCUUUAAAUGAAACUGUAAUCAAAAGUUUGCCGUACUGGGGUGGCGACGGUCGCAACCACGUCCUUAUUAACUUGGCCCGAAGGGAGUUGUCUGUGGGCGCUGGCGACGCGUUUAAGAGCGCUAUGACGGGCAGAGCUAUGAUAGCACAGUCUACGUUUACUCUGACCCAGUUCCGGCCUGGGUUCGACCUCGUAACGCCUCCAGCGCUCGGCCCACCCGGCGGAGACGUAUGGCUGGACUGCGCUCCAAUAGCUCCCGCUAGACGGAAAUAUUUACUGAGUUUUCAGGGCUCGCAACCUCCUUUUAGUGGAUUGAAUAAAGAUGAGGAUAAAUCGAUGAUCGAAGCGCUCCAAAAGACUGCAAAGUCGAGCUCUACAUCAGAUUUAUUUUUUCUGCAAUUCGAAUGCGACCCACCCGUCGAAAAGCGUACAGUGUAUCCUAUUGGUGAUUGGGCCUUAUGCGGCACGGACCGCUCGAGACGCGCCUUGCUAAAAGAUUCUACCUUUGUCGUGAUUCUUGCUCCGAGCGAUCCAAGUUAUACCUCGACAGCAUUGCUGCAAGCAAGGCUAUAUGAAGGUUUGAGAUCCGGCGCAAUUCCAGUCAUCUUGGGUGGAGACAGAAUUACAUUGCCUUAUGAUGAAGUGCUCGAUUGGCGACGUGCAGUACUAUCGCUUCCCAAGGCUCGAGUUCCUGAGCUGCACUUCGUUUUACGAGCGUUUUCCGACGCCGACCUGCUCGCAUUUCGGAGACAGGGGCGAUUAUUCUGGGAGCGAUAUCUUAGCUCAGUGCAAGUGAUGGUGGAUUCACUGUUAGCAGUGAUCCGAACACGCCUGAACAUACCGGCGCGGCCGGCGGUGCCGACGGUCGGGACCCCGGCCUUCAACGAAUCGUAUUACCCGCCCCGGUUGGAGCCGCCGGCGAUAGACGCGGAGCCGGAGGAGACGCUCGGGCCGCUGGAGGCGCCGUACCCGAGCCCGACAUACCGCCGUAACUAUUCGAUAGGGCUGGUGCACGGGUACGAACUGUGGAACGAGUGGGCGGACCCGUUCGCGCUGUACCCGCAGACGCCGUGGGACCCGCCGGUGACAUCGGAGGCGCGCUUCACGGGGUCGGCGGCCGGGUUCCGGCCGGUGGGCGCGGGCGCGGGCGGCGCCGGCAAGGAGUUCAGCGAGGCCCUGGGCGGCGACCGCCCGCGGGAGCAGUUCACCGUCGUCAUCCUCACGUACGAGCGGGAGGCGGUGCUGGCGGCGGCCGUCGCGCGCCUACGCGGUCUGCCCUACUUGAACAAGGUGGUAGUGGUAUGGAACGGGCGCACUCCGCCGUCCGCCUCGCUGGCCUGGCCGGAGAGCGGCGCGCCCGUGGCGGUGGUGCGCGCGGCGCGCAACUCGCUCAACAACCGCUUCCUGCCAUACGACCUCAUCGACACCGAGGCCGUGCUCUGCGUCGACGACGACGCGCAUCUCAGGCACGACGAGAUCGUGUUCGCUUUCAGAGUGUGGCGCGAGCACCGAGACCGCAUUGUGGGGUUCCCCGGACGAUACCAUGCCUGGGACCUCAACUACAACAACGGGUUUCUUUACAACUCGAAUUACAGCUGUGAACUCAGCAUGGUCCUGACGGGCGCGGCGUUCGUGCACCGCUACUACCUGUGGGCCUACUGGCGCGCGCUGCCCGCCGCCAUACGCGACUACGUCGACGAGUUCAUGAACUGCGAGGACAUCGCCAUGAACUUCCUCGUCGCGCACAUCACUAGGAAACCGCCCGUGAAGGUGACGUCGCGCUGGACGUUCAGGUGCCCUGGCUGCCCUGUCACGCUCUCCUCCGACGAGACGCACUUCCACGAGAGGCACAAGUGCAUCCAGUUCUUUUCCCAGGUGAUGGGCUACACUCCAUUGCUGUCGACACAAUACCGAGCCGACUCCGUUCUCUUCAAAACGCGCAUUCCACACGACAAACAGAAAUGUUUCAAGUUCAUAUAACACGUAGGUCAGUACCAAACCUGUAC